AUGGAAACCGCUACCACUCGGCCUCGGACUCGGAUUCGAAGUCGGACUCAAGCGACUCGGUUCGGAUGGGUUUUGCCGAUCUGUUGGGUCUGCGUCGAGGACACCUACUGUCGUAUGGAAAACAUGCUGACAACCGGUUCAGCCAGUCCCACAGCGGCCGGUGUGGGUGACAGCGAAAUCUGUACCAGACCGAAUGGCCGAGCAGCCUUGUCGCGAAGGCACACAGACACGAAUCGGCCUCACUUGAGAAUGCUCGCAUCACUCGACCUCGAACUCCACGUGCAUCACACUUUCUGA